AUGUACGGGUUCGGCGUUAAUAAGUUACAUUAUUUAUUCACAAUUGUUUUAUUAUGUGCACAAAAUCUUGCUGAAAAAUAUGACGAGGAGACUUUUCUGUUGUACAAGAACAAGGUGAGGAGAAUGUUUGAACAUGCCUAUGGUGGCUACAUGCAGAAUGCCUUCCCUCUUGAUGAACUUCGACCUCUGACAUGUGAUGGACAAGAUACGUGGGGCAGUUAUUCAUUAACACUGAUUGAUUCUCUGGACACCCUGGUCGUUUUGGGAAAUUUUUCUGAGUUUCGUAGAGUUGUUGACAUACUUCUGAAAACGUUAAAUUUUGACAAAGAUCUCAAUGUUUCUGUUUUUGAAACGAACAUAAGAGUUGUUGGUGGUCUGCUGUCGGCUCAUUUGUUAUCCAAAAGAGCAGGCCUGGAGUUGGAGGAAGGGUGGCCAUGCUCUGGUCCACUGCUCAGGCUCGCUGAAAAGGUUGCCAGGAAGCUUUUGCCUGCUUUUAAUACUCCAACUGGAAUGCCUUACGGUACGGUAAAUUUGUUAUAUGGUGUGCCGAAAGGCGAGACAUCCAUAACGUGCACAGCAGGUGUUGGUACAUUCCUCAUCGAAUUUGGCACCUUGACACAGCUUACUGGAGCAACUAUCUUCAUGGAGACCGCUUUGAGAGCACUGCAAAGUCUAUGGUCAUUCAGGUCUCCAAUUGGACUAGUUGGCAACCACAUAGAUGUACUGACUGGCAAGUGGACAGCUCUUGACUCAAGUAUAGGAGCUGGUGUAGAUUCUUACUAUGAAUAUCUCGUCAAAGGCUCCAUGCUGUUCGGCUAUCCUGACCUCAUGAAAAUGUUUUUAGAGUACAAGAGUGCCAUUCAGAAGUACUUGAGGCGAGAUGACUGGUACUUGUGGGCGCAGAUGCAGAAGGGAAGCAUCACACAUCCACUCUUCCAAUCUCUGGAGACAUUCUGGCCAGGAUUGUUGAGCUUGACUGGCGAUAUCGAAUCAGGCAUGAAGACCUUGCACAACUACCACCAGAUCAUGCAGCAGUAUGGCUUCACUCCAGAGAUGUACAACAUACAGAGCAGCGAAGUUCACAACUCCAAAGAGGGAUACCCCCUCAGACCUGAGUUGGUUGAAAGUGCAAUGUACUUAUACAGAGCCACUAAGGAUCCGUACCUCGUUGAAAUUGUGAUUGAUGUAGUGGAGAACAUUGAGAACAUAUGCAAGACGUCAUGUGGCUAUGCAACUUCCAUUUCAUGUGUUUUGCCUGAUAAUCAUCAAGAGAGUACGAUCCGUUAUAAAUUGUGCAAGCUGCUCGAUGAGGUAAAGAACGUGAAAACUCACCAGUUGGACAACCGAAUGGAAUCCUUCUUUCUGGCUGAAACACUCAAGUACCUCUAUAUGUUCUUUGAUAGGGAGAACUUCCUCAACCAAGAUGCAGCCAACUCAACUGUUAUUAUGACUCCAAGGGGCAAGUGUGUCAUCCACACAGGAGGUUAUGUUUUCAACACUGAGGCACAUUUCGUGGAUGCAGCCGCAUUGUAUUGUUGCAGCAGCAAUAAGCAGCAGGACGAGGAUGAGUUGAGAAGGAUGAUGAAUCAUAUUGAUCUCGUUGAUCUACUCACUGGUGAUGACGACACUGACGAUGAUUAUUCCAUCUAUCUACAAAAAGCUAAUUUAAAAUUUGACAACGAUAAAGUAAAUGAUAAUCCCCAAUCAAGUGAUGGCGAAGCAAAUCCAUGCAACAGCACUGACGAUGAUUAUGAAAGGAAAACUAGAAUAAACGUAGUUGAGAUGCCACUAGACCCAGACGGCGUUUUAGUUGCCCAGCAAGCACUAAUAUGUCACUCGCACAUUCCUCCAUUUCUGGUGAACGUGCCAAUGCACCUCGUAUGUAACUCUGAUCGAUUUUAUUACGAGCUGCAAAUCAUCACACCACAUCAUCCCAGCAUCACUGUUCAAUCUGAUUCUAGCGCAAACGUGGCCAGGCCUGGAAGCGAUUGUUCUAUUGAUGGUAGCUCCGACAAAUUUGGCUACACAUCAAAGAAGAUAGGCAAUGAGGAAGUGAAUGUUCCAACAAAGCCUUUGUAUUUUGAAAACAUGUUUGAACUGUUGUCGUGCUCUCCGAGAUCAUUCGUCGCUCGAUUGUCAGUCAACGGAGAAGUCUUUGAUGAGGAUGAAUAACAUAUUUAAAAAAAUUGGAGACAGUUUGUUAUAAUUGUAUAUAUUUUUCUCACUACCAUCUAACGUAGUGCACGCGUGCGCUCUGUUUAGAUGUACGUGAAUUUUGUCUCCUUGAAAAGUCUUGUUCUGGUUCGGUUAUUUUAUAGAUAUUUUAUCCUUUAUUUUUAUUUACAUUAAAUGGCAAAUUAAAAUUUUAAAUAAUUGUUUAUUGAUCAUCGUGUUGAAGUUUCGUUUCGAUUUAAACAGUUUUGAGCACACAACAUAAAUUGGAUUGAAGAGAAUGUUUUAUCGCUCGAACAGUUUGAUGAUCAGAAUUUCUGAGGAGUUGGGUAUGUAAAAAAAACUUGAAAGAUCUGAAAUAUAGGUGAUGCGCAAAUUG